AUGACCUCAUUUCCAGCUGCGACGCCGAGGCCCGCGCGCACGCCGCCAACGGGCGCCGCAGGCCCGCGGGGACCCCCGCCCGGAGCCGGAGCGCCAGGGCCGCGGCCGGGCGGGGGUCCCCGCGGCGCGCCCUCCCCACCGCCCCUCCGGGCCUCCGGGCCCUCGCACCCCCCAGUCGCCCCCUCACCUCGGCUAAAGGACCACACGGGCUCCGCGACGACGCAGCACCAGGACGCAGAAGCAACUGGCGCGCCGCCCCCGCGCUCCCUUUAUAUAGACGCGGGCCCGCCCGGCGCGCGGCGCCUUUUCCAGAAGCCUCCCGAACCUUCCGGAAGAACCCUCCCCAACCGCCGCCGCGGCCGCGCGCCUGCGCCUGCGCCCUGGCCACGGCCCCGCCCCUCCCCCGGGCGCGCGCGGGCCCGCCCCGAGCGCUCCACCCCCAACGGCCGCCGCGCGCGUCCCCGCGCCCGUCUCCGUGCGCCUGCGCAGCCCGGAAUUCUCGCGAAGGUCUGGCGCCUUCCGGGGCUACCUCCCCCAGCCCUGCCUCCCGCCGGCGCCCCUGCCCCCUCUACCCCGGGCGUGCGCCGCGAGCUCGGCGCGCGCGGGCGCAGUGGCGCCACCCAGGCCCGGGACCGGGUAUCCGCAGCCGUUGCCUCUCUGAAGUCUGUGGAAGGGAGGAAGCCUCCAGCGACGCGGGGGUCUGUGUGGACCAGGGGAGCCCCUGGAACCUGGUCGGACUCCAGGGACCCGGUUCCGACCGUGGGACGAGGAGCGAGGAACACCAGCAGUUCUGAGCCCUGGCUGUGGCCCUGGCUGGCAGCUGUGAACGCCCUGAUGACCAAGGGAAGGCAGGGACCUGGUACCCUCUUGGGCAUUGCUGGGGCCUGGAGUGGGACCCGAGGAGCCACUACUGCAAAGAAAGAAGGCUGGGCAGACAAGGGGAAGAACAAGAAGGUCACUGUUCUGCCAUUCUGUGGCCCUCACCAGCUCCAGCUGAAGCCUGAGGACGCGGCGGGUGGCGCCCGGGGACCUGGAGGAACCGACAGCAGGGAGAUGAGUGGUGGAUCCUGAAACACACGCCCAACGCCCGAGGAAGAGUCAGGACUUUCUCUGGGUGCCAGUGAACAAGAGCCCUGAUGGCAACACAAACCCCACAGAGCCAUGGAACAAGGUAAGGCCAACCCUGGCGAUGGUGGUGCCGGGAUUUCUCUAGGCAUAGUAGGAAAAGAGUUCAAGCCAAAACUGGAGGCCUGCCUUGGGAUCGUGGCCACCGAGUCAUCCGGACCCAAGCUGGCGAUAGAGCACAAAACACUGGCUGGGAGGAAGGGGGGGAGAGAGCCUUUGUGGCAGGAGACUACCCCCCACCAUUAGGCAGAGAUAGAUCUAACACCUGUACUGAGCACCUGCUGCGUGCCAGGCCCUGUAGGGGGCACUGGAUGAACGUGGACCUGGCCCAGCAGGGCACACUCUGGCUUCCAUAGACUUUCCCCGUAACCAUCAAGUGGACUGAAAUACAUGCUGUGUUCUCUUCCUACUUGGAAAGCCAACUUGGGAAUCCAAGCGUGGGUCUGAAAGGCAGACUGUCGCGAUCAAGGAGCUGGGUGACUUCACGGAUGCUGUUUGGCACCUACCCGCCUCCUGAGGGACUGAGGAAGGUGGUACUUCUGCUGUGGGGCGGGUGCUGGCUCUCGGUCCCGGCUAGAAGGUCAACAGCCAAAACCAGGACGUGUUUAUUUUCCCAGGCUCCAUCACAGCUGUUCUGAUGAUGUGGGCAAGCUGCACCGAAGGGCGCAAGGUUCCGGCUGGGUUCUCAAGUUGGUGGCUCCGGGCAAUCCCCCUUGAAAGUCCCUCAGGAAGGCACCUCACCGGGGCCAUACAGGCGGCCUCUUUGUAGCCGAAUGCAACAGAUUCUCCGCCAGCCUGGAAUGGGUGUCGGUGCUUCUGUGAACUCUGGAUGGGGUGGGGGCGCACACUGGAUUUUAGGGGCCAAGCGGACUGAAACCCAAGGCUCUUUGCUCUUGGAAUCACAUGAGGGCGCAGCUGACGAUGCCCAGGGCGUCCGCACGCAGGGUGGGCGUGAUCCCCGCGCAGGUGACAUAGCUGUGCCACGUGCAGACUUCAGGGAGCCGAGUGCCUGCGCGGGUCUGUCCCCGGAGAUCACGAGCUCUACUCGGUAUCGAGGGGCCCCAGAAUCAACCAAUCCAGCUCACAUUCCGGCUCUGCCACACACUUGCCUUGUGAGAGUCUAUCAGUCGAAUGGGGGUAAUUGUACCUACUUCCUGCGAGUGUUCUGGGGAUGAAGUUCGAUGAAGUACGGACAGUGCCUGGUACGCAGUCAGUCCUCAGGGGCAACGUGAAUGUGCCGCCUGGUUUGGUCUCAGAAGCGGCACCGUUACAAAGAGCCUCUCGGGAGGGGCUGCCCUUCUCAUCAGGAAGAAAACUGUUCUCGUGAACAAGCCAGUAUAAGCAGGGGGGGCCCUCCCGCCCCGAGCAGGCCGAGGUCCUGCCGAGUGGCCCGGAGGCCCCGGUCACCGGGGGUCACCGGGGUCAGCCGGCGGGGUGGACGGCUGCCACGUGCCCAGUGCCUGUUCCUCCCUGCUCUUUGUUCUUUGGUCUCACGGGGCACUCCUGACCCAUCCUAGCCUGUGACUCCGGUGGGGCGACCCAUCUUAGCACCUCACCCUCCCACAGGGUGGGCACCCGUCCCCUGGCUGUGGCGACCGGUUCAGGAAAGGAUCAGACUGCAAUCGCACCCAUCAGAGCCCUUCGCUGGGCCUCUUCUGGCUGGAAUUGGUGGGAAAGAGCACAUGUGCUCCUUUUCAUCUUCAAGGUUAUACUGAAGCCCCCAGGGAGAGGUGGAGAGAAGAGAUGGCUGGUGAGAAGCUUUCGAAGAUGCAGGCAGGGAAGCCCCCCUGCCCCCACAUCUCCCGUGGCUCGGUCGGGGGAGGCAGUAACCCGUUUCGUUUAUGAUGAGUGUGUGUGUGUGUGUGCGUGUGUGUUCCUGUUUCUGGCAACCAAAGGAGCUCUGAAUGGUGCACCAGGGCUCCCAGGCGUUUGCUGUCUGGUGGGUGGGUGUGGGGAGGACCUCAGAAUGAUUUUCUUUUCUUAAGAGAGGCUCAGAGUGCCUUACAACCUGAAUAGACGAACCUUAUUUGCUAGUGAGGCAGGAUUCCUGGGUUGAAUAAGAAAGGAAUCUGAUUAAUGACUCUUAAAUGCUAUUGACAUUCAGUGGCAGACACUCUCGGUUGUUCAGUCACUUCCAACAGCCUCUCCCUGAACUGCUGGGAAGCUGAACACACACUGUACUACUUGCUUUUCCAGCCUCCGAGCCGGCAGGGUGCCACGUGACCUGGUCCCAGGAAACAAGGCAGAAGUGCAAGUCUGUCUCUGGUGGGGGUGUGUCUUAAAUGCUUUUCUAUUAUGAUUUGCCUCAAAAAAUUUUUAGAACUUACUGGAUGUACAAAAAUAAUGAAAAAAUAGCAGAUUUUUUUAAUUAUAAAAUUUCUAGUUUCUUUUUAUUCUGGAUAAAAACAAACAUAAGAAAGUAUUUCAAACUUUCCAAAAUAAUUUACAGGGUAGAUGAAAGAACGGACAAUAGGCAUUGCGAAUGCCUGAUAUUCCUUCUACGAGGCAAGAGAUUUCAUUCAACCUUCAUUUGACAGACACUGAUCUAGGUCUGGGGACUCCAAGAUCCAGAAGACCGACUUCCUGUCCUGGGACCUCACUGCUGGGGAGACAGACACAAGAAUAGGGAACUGUAAACUCUGACGUAAGUGCUAUGAUAAAAAUAGGCUCAGGGUGUUAUGGGAGCACAGUGAGGGCCAGAGAAGACUUUCCAAUGACAAUGACACCUGAGCGGAGUCGUCAGGGCCAUCUGGUCAGGGCAGAGGCAGGGCAUGCAGACGGGGGCCCUACGCGUGCAGAGGUAUAAAGGUGAGGAGCGUGAGGCGGGAGCAGCACGCUGUGUGGGAAGGCGGCCUGUGCAGGAGGCAGGGUCCGUCUGGAAGGCCUGGGCCUGCCCUUGGGGAGUGUGGCCUCUGUCCUACAGGAGACAGUGGGGGGGGCAGGGAAGGGGAUAUGGGUAUCAGUGCUGUAGUAGAUUUGCAGGAUGGUGGACCUGGGAUUUGAGGACUGCAAACCUGGGCGCAGGGAGACAAUUAGAAAGCUGGUGCAAGGGUCCAGGUGGAGAAGGGGAGAUGCCCGUGAACCAGGCGCCUGGCAUGAGUCAUUUACACCCCACCGCACGGGCGGGAGAUUCACCUUCUCCAGUUCCUUGUUUAGAAACAGACCUCCGGACCGAUGGUUCUUGACCUCUGAAAGCACCGGUCCAUGCAGCCAUUCAAUUGCUUCUGGAAGUUUUUUUGCUAUUCUCAUAGAAUGGAUAUCAAAAUUCAUUUUGAUCAAAGUAUUUCAUUAGCUUUUGACUUUCAGUGGGCAGAAAAGAGCCACCAUUUAAUCAAGAACCUUUUGUUCUGUCAGCUAAUAUCAAGUGAGGAGCUUCUUUAAAAAGAAAUCCUGAUUAUACAAUCAUGAAUAAUCAUGAUGGAGAUAAAAAGAGAGAAGUAAUAGAGGAGUCCAGUGUGCCGGCAUGAGCUCCCUGUUGAGCUAAUUUUUUUGAGAGGAUGAACAAAAUAUAGAGGAAAGGAAGCCUAAUCAGAGAUGAAUCCUGGAAAAUGACACAAUCCUGAAAAACACUGUCAGGAAGACUAUGCUCUGGUUUGCUGGAAAUCCCAAGGAAAACAAAAAAAGGCCUUUACAGUCACUCUUAGAGCAAGAAGAACAAAGGGGCAGAUCCACGGCCUAGGGGGUGAUGCGAGAAGGCAGAUACCCUCCCCUUCAUUUCAGCAACGUUCAGGCUCCCGACAAGCUCGGUCCUUCCAGAGGGCCUGGGGGUGGGGACCCUGGAAGCGACCGAUGCGGGUGGGGGGCAGGGUAACAACCAGCACCCCCACGCCACACUGUCGUUUUUCCACGUGGAAGGACUUCUGGCAUUUCCACAACUAUAUGGAAUUCUUAACCUUUCGGAAGCAUUGAUUUCCUGUGGCCGCUGAAACGAUUUAUCACAAAUUGGGGGGCUUAAAACAAGACAUGCAUUCUCUCACAGUGCCGGAGGCCAGACUCAGGCUAAGGGAGGAUCCUUUCUGGCCUCUUCCAGCUGCUCCUGCUCCAGGUUUUCCUCAGCUUUGUGGCUACACUGCUACGGUCUCUUGCUAUGGCCUCCCUCCAUCUGUGUGUAGCCUCCGCCUGUGUGUCUCUCUCCUCUGCCUGUCUCUUUAAGGACACUUGUCAUUGGAUUUAGGGUCCACCUGGCUAAUCCAGGAUGAUCGCAUCUCAAGAUCCUUAAUUACAUCUGCAAAGACCCUUUUCCCAAAUAAGGUGACACAGAUGUCACGGGGCCACCAUUCGACCCACUGCAGGAUCAUAAACCACCUUCAGGAUCCGAUGAGAGCUCAUGAACUCUGAAUCAUGUCAAGUUGCUGGAAGCCGAGGCUGAGACAAGGGCUCUUGUACAAGUAAUGUAUGGAGGGAGCGCCCCAGGGAAGGGGCGUGAGGAAAGCAGGCUUGGCAGGGGACAAAAGCUCAGCAAGAGGUGGCCUCAGCUAGAGAAUAGCUUCCUCCUGACCUCCGAGAUGCCCUGGAGCGUGAACUGCACUAGAGCUGUUCCCAUCUGGAGGCAAGAGGUGGCCUCUGUACCUCCAAGUCGUCAAUUUCCCCUGGUGGGGGGCAGGUGUCGUCUCUCAGGCCAGGAACUCCCUUUAGGGCAAGGAGGAUUCAGCGAAGGAGUGGGGAGAUAGGAACACUCAUGGCAGCCCUUGGGGGCGGGUCACAGGGAUCUAUCUGGUCAAGGACCUACAACAUCUACUGCAGGCUUUCUAGAAAAAUACCACAUAUGGGGCGCCUGGGUGGCUCAGUCGGUUAAGUGUCCGACUGCGGCUCGGGUCAUGAUCUCGCGGUUCGUGGGUUCGAGCCCCGCAUUGGGCUCUGUGCUGACGGCUCGGAGCCUGGAGCCU